CUGCGGCUACUUCAAACACGAAGUCGAAGCGAACAUGGUGGGCGCGGAGACACUUCUGCACGCGAUGGGAUACAAACCGGCGGGCGCGGGGCGGCUGGCACUCUACGCUCCCAUCUGCCCCGACAUGGUGGCGGCCAUCUCCCGGGACGCGCUCGUGGCGCAGUGCGAGUGCCAGAUUAUGUCUCAAGUGUGGGAAGCGGUAUGGGGUGGCGGCGCGCGUGUCUCAUGGGCUGACGUGUGCCGGGAAAGAGCCGCACGCGCUUCCGACGCCGCCGCCGCCGCCGUGCGACUUGCCGCCGCCGCUGACGGCGCUAAUGUGCACGGUUCAGAAAUAUAUUCAAACAUACCCGUGACGGUGACCGACAUUCACCACCGGAGCCGCCUAGUGGAUGCCCGGUACCCCCGCUACAACGAGACCUCGUUCGACGAGCCCCUCCCUCCCAUGCACCCCCCCUACGCGGUGCCCCCCCACCUCAUGUACCCCCUGCCCCACGAUAUCCCCGUCACCGUCACCAGCCAGCUCGUCAUGACCCCCUACGGAGUCCCUUACUACUACCCAGUCCAAGCGCCCUAUAUGAUCCCCACACCAGUCUACGCGCCUAUCAAACAAGCCACCAACGUACCUAUCAACGGAUACCCGCCCACAACACAAUAUAACAGGUAUCCUUCUGUACCGACCGCCCAGCUCAUCGAACUCGACUCUCCGUCCGUCUACGAAAACGGCCGCUUUGACAAACACCGGGACGACGACCGAAGUCACAGGAGAAGCAGGCAGCCCGAAAGUUCUAGAAGGAAUAGCACUUCAAAGUCAGGAUUCAGUGACGUGUCGCUCCCUAGUUUGCCGCGGUCUGACACACAACCAGCCUUGAGCAAAGCGAGGGAAGACGGCAUGGGAACAUACGAGAGCUGGGAUUAUGUGUUUCGGAAUCUUUCGAGCAAAGAGCAGGACGGGGAGACUCGGAGCCGGUAUUCCCCGUCUCUAGAUCGGGAUUCCCGGACGCUGGACCGGUUAGACCGGGAGGAGAGGCGGGCGAAGUAUCAGCCGACCACCCUCGACUUGGAGGACGGAUUGCAAGCGCUAAACAUCGACCGAUCGUAUGACGAGGAUGCGUACCGGACGGCGAAAGUGAACGAGAAUUUGAUGCGAUUGAAACAGGAGCAGGAGUUGAAGCGAGCUAAGCAGUUAGCUAGAAAGCAGAUGGACGAGCGAAAGCCUAAGAAACUGGAGCCUAUUAAAUCCGACGCUUUGAUAUCGACUAAAGUGGCGCCCGACAAAGUCAAACUUUUAAGUAAGAAGGACGUUAAAGAUAGGAAGGAGGUGAUAAAGCAGCAGAGUUCUAUGAACGGGUCGGUGGCAAGUGUGGAGGCCAAGAAAGUGCGGAAACCGGCCAAACUCGUCGCGGCCGAGGCCGAGCGGCCCGCGCGUCCCGCCAAGCCACUGGAGAAUGGACACAGCAGCGGACAUAGUUCGAAAACGACGCCUGCAGCGCCGCCGCAAGCGAAUUACGACCUUAAGGCGCAGCUGAUAGUGUCGCUCGACGAGCCCGACGCGCGCCGCUCGCCGCCGCGCCCCGUCGCCAACGGGGACCCCCCUCGCCCCGCCUCCGCCGCGAAGCGCGACAGAUGGGAAUGCUCCACGUGCACCUACCUCAACAAAGACACGGUGGCCGCCUGCGAGAUGUGCGGUAAGUCCAAGCGAGGGCCUGAGAUCCAGCCGCUAACCUCAGGCGGUCGCGAAUGCCCAGCCUGCACGCUCGUCAACCGACGAGACGCGAGGGUUUGCGACGCCUGCGGCACCAGUUUAGACCACUGUCCUACGUAUAUUUAAACGGUUAAGGGCGCUUUUCGCUUGGAAACGACGAUUGUGUUUUGUUUUAAUUCAAUGGAGGAAAGCAAAUGACGAUUGUCUUUUGUUUUGGUCGGUGUAAAGAAACGCACAUUACGCACAUAUUGCAGCAGGCUGUCACAGAUUGUACACGCGGCCACAUUGUUAACUAUCCAUCUCCGUUUUUGCUCUCGCUCUAAUCAAAUGGUGAUUCUUUGCGAUAGAACGAGAUGACAUGACUGGCAAUGGGCAGU